AUGGCGGAGCUGCAGCAGCUCUGGGUGCAGGAGGCGGUGGACCCCUGAUGAAGAGUCUGGAGAGAGAACAUCCGGAAGAUGCAGGGCCUCAGGUUCUGGUGCAGCGCCGGCUGUUGUGAGGUCAGCCAGGUGUCCGUGCAGCAAGUGCACCAGUGCACUGAGCGCUGCCGUGCACCUCUGGCUCAAGCCCAGGCCCUGGGGACCCGAGAGUUGGAGAAGUUCCAGGACCGCCUGGCCCGGUGCACUAUGCAUUGCAACAACAAAGCCAAAGAUUCAAUGGAUGCGGGGAGUAAAGAGCUUCAGGUGAAGCGGCGGCUGGAGAGUUGCGUGACCAAGUGUGGGGAUGACCACAUGAACCUCUCCCCAACCAUGACCAAGAAGAUGAAGGAGUGUCUCUCAUCCGUUGGGAAAUAG